AAUAUGAAAAAGAAGAAAUGGAAAGACUUGAAAUACAACGAACUGAGAAAGAAAAAUUGCAAAAACUUGAAACAAAAUAUCUAGAAAGAAGAAAUGAAGAGCUUGAAGAACUUUAUUUAUUGGAGGCAUGUUUUCCUGAAGCAGAGAAACUGAAACGAGACAGUAGAUUGCUUUCUCAGUGGAAACACUACAUUCAAUGUGAUGGGAGUCCUGAUCCUUCAAUAUCCCAAGAAAUUAAUACUUUUAUUAGCUUGUGGAAAGAGGAAACCAAUGAGACUUUUGAGGCAGUGACUGCGAAGAGUAAACUAGUGCUAAAUUUAAUUGAGAAAUUGAAGUUAAUUUUAUUGGAAACUCCAUCAUAUGAUUUGCAAGAGAAAAAUAUAAUACAGUACCAAGAAUCAAUUCUAGAACUGCAAAAGCUCCUUCAUCUUAAGUUUAACAUAGCCACAGAAAUACUUCUCAGACAAGCUAGUACUUUAGCAGAUCUGGACAGUGGAAACAUGGAAAAAGUCAUUCGAGAUGAAAAUGUGACUCUAUAUGUAUGGGCAAACCUCAAGAAGAAUCCAAGGUACAGAAGUAUCAGAUUCUCUGAGACACAAAUUGGAUUUGAAAUUCCAAGGAUAUUAGCAACAUCUGACAUUGCUCUACGACUCCUACAUACUCACUAUGAUCAUGUCACGCCAUUAGGCCCUGUUCCAACAGGAUCACAAGAACACACUUCCAUGGUAACUUACUUUGGCAAAGACGAAGUUAAGAGUGUAGAAGCAGCAGUCAGCAAAGAUCUCCAAGAAGAGUAUAAAGAACAAGAAAAUGAGUCUAACUCAGUUCAUGAGGAAGAAACAAAAGUUGACGAACAAGGUGGUAUUGAAGGACAAACGAGUUCUGUCCAGGAAGAACCUGAAGCCACAAAAUAUGAACUGGAAAUGAAAUUAUUAAGUGAAACAGUUUUAGCAGCGCAGUUGUUGCUGUUAGAGAAUGCCCCUGAAAAGCCAUAUUUCUCUGAAGAAAAUGAGGUUGAUUUAUGCCAAUUCACAGCUCUGGGUGGAGUGCACCACUUGGAUAUUUUGGAGCUUCCUCCACAGUGUAAACCGAGGAAGGGCUGGAUGAUUGUGGAAAUACUCAAAGAAGGAUUACAGAAAUAUACAUAUCCUCCAGAAACUGCAGAAGACUUUGAAACAGAAAAUGCUUUCCCACCCAUAGAGGUCAUGCUUGAAGUUCAUGAGAACAUAAUCUUUUUUGAGAAUCCUAUGGUUGCAAGGUGGGAUGCUGAAGGUAAACACUGGAAAACUGAUGGCAUCAGCAAUGUAUCUUACAAAUCGGAAGACAGACUUAUAACAUUCAGCCUGGAAACUUUUGGCCCUGUUACCUUGAUUCAAGAUGCUCAUGUUAAUAUGCCAUACCAGUCAUGGGAGCUAAGACCACUGGAUGUGAAUAAAGUACUUCUGACUGUGACUACAGUAUUUACUGAGAUUCAAAUACAAAUUAAGGAAAACCUCUGCAUGUUAGCGUCAAUCAAACUAAAUAACAAAAAGCAUUCCUCUAUUUUGGAAGAAAAGUGGAUGACUCCUGUUUCUUUCAUUAUUGCUUUGAAAGAAGCUGGACUGAAUAUCUUCCCUACUGGACACUCUCACUUUUAUGUUGUUAUAAACUAUAAGCUUCCUUUGGUAGAAGUGAAAGCUUAUCGACAAAUGGCCCUGUUAAGUUCUGCUUUUGCGUUUGGUUGGAGCAAGUGGAAUACAGUAUGUGAUUCUAAAAAAGUUGUAUUUCAGGUGAGGGAACACCUUCCUAAAGAAGAACCCAUUCAAAAUCCUAAUUGGACCCUUUUAAUGUUUAGUGGUGAUAGGGCACAAAGUCUCAAAAUCAAUGAAUCCAGUGAUGCAUUCUCUGAAGCCCUUAAAGAAGAAACUGAGUUUCAUUCUACUUUAUAUCACAUGGUUAAGGAUUUUGCUUCUGAAGAAGCAAUGAAGAAAGUUAGGUGUUCCAACUGCCAGUUUGUUGACUCUGUAUGCCACAUGCUACUCUCAACUAGAUUACUCAGCUAUUCUUAA